AUGGAAGUCCUUUCUCUUCAUAGAAUACAAUUAUCAAUAUUUCCCACUUUUGUGUUUCUUUCUCUUGUAUGGUCAUCUUCCUACGCAAACUCAGUACAUAACACUUUUCUUGAUUGCCUUGUAAACCAAUCAGAGUGUUCUCAUCCCAUAGCCUCAGCAAUUUUUACACCAAACAACACCUCAUUCUCUUCAGUGUUGCAAGCAUACAUCAGAAAUCUUUGUUUCAACACCUCCACAACCCGAAAGCCAUUCCUUAUAGUCACCCCAUUUCAUGUUUCCCAAGUGCAAAGAGUCGUUCGUUGUGCCAAAAAACACAACUUGCUCAUAAAAAUCCGUAGUGGUGGCCAUGACUAUGAAGGGUUGUCUUAUGUGGCUUCACAGCCAUUCUUCAUCCUUGACAUGUUUCAUCUCCGAUCCAUUAAGGUUGAGAAUGAGACUGAGACUGCUUGGGUCGAAGCUGGUGCAACGCUUGGUGAAGUUUACCAUAAAAUUGGUGAGAAGAGCAAAAUUCAUGGUUUUCCAGCAGGGGUUUGUCCCACUGUUGGGGUGGGAGGCCACAUAAGUGGUGGUGGCUAUGGUAAUAUGAUGAGAAAAUACGGUCUCUCAGUGGAUAAUGUUGUUGAUGCACAAAUGGUUGAUGUUGAAGGUAGAUUGCUUGAUAGAAAAUCUAUGGGUGAAGAUCUCUUUUGGGCCAUCACAGGAGGUGGGGGAGCUAGCUUUGGUGUAGUCCUUGCCUAUAAAAUAAAGCUAGUUCGUGUUCCUGAAACAGUCAGUGUUUUCAGAGUUCGGAGAACCUUGGAGCAAAAUGCCACUGAUAUAGUUUAUAACUGGCAGCAUGUUGCGCCAACUAUCGACAACGAUCUUUUCCUGAGACUUACCUUGAAUGUUGUAAACAGUACACAAAAUGGAACAAAGACUAUAAGAGCGACAUUCGUAGCUUUAUUUCUUGGUGACUCCAACAGCCUUGUUUCUCUCUUGAAUGAGAAGUUCCCUCAAUUGGGUUUGAAGCAAUCUGACUGCAUCGAAACAAGUUGGCUUCGUUCGGUGUUGUUUUGGACAAACAUUGACAUUAUAACACCUGUUGAGGUUUUGCUUGAUAGACAACCACGAUCACCUGUAAACUACUUGAAAAGAAAAUCUGACUAUGUGCAGAAACCAAUUUCUAAAGAGGGUUUUGAAGGGAUUUGGAAGAAGAUGAUUGAGUUGGAGAAUGUAGCAUUUCAAUUCAAUCCUUAUGGUGGAAAAAUGGCUGAAAUUCCAUCGACAGCAACUCCUUUCCCUCAUCGAGCAGGGAACCUAUGGAAGGUUCAAUACCAAACAAAUUGGAAUCAGGCAGGGAAAGAGGUAAGAGAUCAUUUCAUAAACUUGACAAGAAUACUUCACAAGUACAUGACUCCUUUUGUUUCCAAAAAUCCAAGAGGGGCUUUCUUCAAUUAUAGGGACAUUGAUUUAGGAAUUAACCACAAUGGUGAGAACAACUAUGCAGAAGGAAAAGUUUAUGGAGUAGAGUAUUUCAAGGAUAACUUCGAGAGGUUGGUUCAAAUAAAGACAAAGAUUGAUCCUCAUAACUUCUUUAGGAACGAACAGAGCAUCCCUGUACUGCCAAAUCCUAUCGAAAAAUAA